AUGCGAAAAAUUGGUUCUAGUCGUGGACAGAUUUCAGCAUAUCCGCGUCAGCUGGAGUCUUUGAUACGUUUAGCUGAGGCUCAUGCUCGAAUGCGUUUGUCCCAUUUCGUUAACGCUGAUGACUGUCGUGAAGCUCGACGUCUGCAGCGCGAGGCUAUCAAGCAGGCCGCCAUCGACCCUGUUACUGGGACCAUCGAUAUUAACAUUCUCACUACUGGUGCGCCCUUGCUCCCUAUUUUCUAUCUUGGACGGUUGUGA